AUGUACAACCCUCCACUGGAGGUCCCCUGUCCAUUUGUUAAUGGGAGGUUUGUACAGGGCCUGCCAACACAACAGCCCCCUGGGGACGACCCCACACCAAAAAACUCAGUCCACCUCCACACCUUUACCCCUGCCAGGGAGUGCAAGUUUGAAACCUUCACACUGCACGCCCCCAACAGGACGUCAGCACCUCACCCGGACGGGCCGACGACCGAGCCCGCGGACGGAGGCUCGAAGCUGGGGCGGCUGUUCGCUCACCCGCUGUACAACAUCCGGACGCUGGCGCUCGGGCCGGAGGAGGUGCUGCUGCAGAAGCAGCAGCUGAUGGAGUACUACAAGAGGAAGGUGUCGCGCUGGGAACGACACAUGAAGUUCUACAGCGAGGCGGCAGCCUUCUCCAACAUAACGGUGACCGAGCAUCAGGUGAACUUUGACCCCGAGGCCAGCUGGUUAAAGUUCCACCUGGGAAUAAACCGCUACGCACUGUACAGCCGCCAUGACACCAGUGUCUCCCAACUCCUCCACGACAUGAUGGCACUCCCUGUCAUCAGCGCAGAUUACACCCAAGACGAGAAGGCGCUGAAAGGAGCGUGUGACUGUGCCCAAGUGGUGAAGCCCAGCGGACACCACCUGAAGCUGGCUUUGAAGAUGCAGAACUUUGGGAAGGCCAUGUUUAAACCCAUGAGGCAGAAGAGAGAUGACGGGACACCAGAGAACUCGUUCUACUUUGUUGACUUUCAGAGACACAACGCAGAGAUCGCUGCCUUCCACCUUGACAGAAUUCUGGAUUUCCGGAGAGUUCCUCCAGUUGUGGGCCGGCUGGUGAAUUUGACCGGAGAAAUCCUUCAAGUCACUCACAAUGAAGACUUGCGCAGCGUCUUCUUCACCUCUCCUGCCAACAACACGUGUUUCUUUGCAAAGUGCCUGUAUGUGUGUAAGACCGAGUACGCCGUGUGUGGAGGUCCUGAUCUUCUGGAAGGUUCCCUGUCCGCCUAUCUCCCUGGCCUCAGCAUCGCUCCCCGUAUAUCCAUCCCCAACCCCUGGAUACGAUCCUACACCUUCACCGGACGAGAGGAGUGGGAGGUGAACCCAUUUUACUGUGAUACCAUAAAGCAGCUUUACCCCUACAACUCAGGAAACAGACUCCUCAACAUCAUCGACAUGUCCAUCUUUGACUUCCUCAUGGGCAACAUGGACCGCCACCACUACGAGAUCUUCACCAAGUUUGGGGAUGAAGGUUUCCUUCUACACUUUGACAACGCCAGAGGGUUUGGGAAGCACUCGCAUGAUGAAAUGUCUAUUCUGGCUCCAUUAUCUCAGUGUUGUAUGAUCAAGCGCUCCACCUUGUUGCGGCUGCAGCUGCUGUCCCUGCCGCGGUACCUGCUCAGUGACGUGAUGAGAGAGUCGCUGGAUGGAGAUCUGUUACAGCCGGUCCUGACAGAACCGCACCUGCUGGCUCUUGACCGCCGGCUGAAGAAAGUCCUCCGCUCGGUCCAGCGCUGCAUCCGCCGGCUGGGAGAAGACCAUGUCAUCACUAAGGACUUCAUCCGAUCCACUGAGAAACCUCAGACAGCUCAGAUGCCAUCUUCAGAGAGGAGGACGGCCAGUUGUGAGGCGUUGAAAUGUAAGCGGCAGAACCGCGGUGGGCGGGCGGUGGUGUCCCAGGUAAGAGGGAACAGGGAGGAACCUCGACUCCGCCUUCGCUUACCUCGCACGCCAGUGCCAGCGCCAUGCCAUGCCAUGCAGGCGGAGGCGGAGGCGGAGAAGCUCCGUUUGGAGCUGGCGAAUCAAAAGAGGAAAGAGCUGGAGCAGCUGAACAUUGUCCAUGCAAAACUCAAAACAGCCCAGAAGACCCAGCGGCGGGAGCUGCAGCUGCUGCUUGACGUGUACCGCUCAGCACCCAAGGAGCGGAGGGGCGAAGUACAGCCCAUGGCAGCUGCAGCUGAGAAGACCAGGCGAGAGGCAGAGGAGCUCAGGCAGAGGUUGAAGGAUCUGGAAGAGAGGGAGCGGAGGGAAGACAAGAAGAUGGCUGACGAAGAGGCCCUGAGGAAGAUUCGCUCUGUAGAGGAGCAGGUCGACAUCCUCAACAGGACACUUUCAGUAGUGAAACAGGAGGAUGCCUUGCUCAGCGACAUGGAUGUGACAGGCCAGGCGUUUGAGGGCAUGCAGCAGCUCAGGGAGAAGGACAAAGCCAACUUCCAACUGACUCAAGAGGAUUUUACCCUCUUGAAUACCAGCCUAGGAUUUGCAAGCUAUGACCACCUGAUGGCGUUGUGGUUUUUGAUUGAGCCUUCCAUUGAUGAAACGGUCCGGGUCUCAAGAGCCAAAUCAGCUGCCAGGAUGAAUGAAGUGGUCACACGGGCAGUGGUCACUUACUCAUUCUUAAUAGCUGUUUUCUUACCUUUGUGA